ACACACACACACACACGGCAGAGUAGUGACGUGCUGUGUCGUAGAGUGCCUCCCUCCUGCUUUUCACAUGAUCUGAAAGCUCCCUCAGAGGAGAGACAGGAAUGUGGAAAAGAGCGACUACAUCGAUGGCUGAACGAGGCAGCAGUCGCUCCAUAAUGGGUUGUUUUUACACUUUAUUCAUCUGCAUGGCAUCCAUCAUCCACGCUAAUGGGAUCCCUUGGACGCAAGAGAAGCUGGAGCACAGAGCUGUCACCCUGACGGACGACGAGGUCCGGGCUGCCGUGUCUCACACCGAUCUGGAGCAGAUGUGGCAGAGGGACCUGAGGCCACUGCUGGUGACCAGGUACCCCGGCUCUGCAGGGAGCCAGAGCGUGCAGAAUCAUAUAAAAACAACCCUUGGUUCCCUGGGAGCUGGAUGGGAGGUUACAGAGGAUACCUUUGUGGCACAAACACCCUACGGCCCCUUGCCCUUUACCAACCUAGUCGCUACGCUCAACCCCUCAGCUGAGCGCCGGCUGGUUUUGGCCUGUCACUACGACUCUAAGUACUAUCCACCUCAGUGGCACGGAAGGGAGUUCCAAGGCGCCACUGACUCCGCCGUCCCCUGCGCCAUGAUGUUGGAGCUGGCGCAAGCCCUGGAUGAGGAGCUGAAAGCUCAGAGGAACACCAGCUCUAACUUGACCCUGCAGCUGAUCUUCUUUGAUGGAGAAGAGGCGCUUUUCCAGUGGACCUCCACGGACUCGCUCUACGGCUCUCGCCACCUGGCCCAGAAGAUGGAGAACACCCCCCACCCUGCAGGAGCCACAGAUACCAACCAACUGCACGGCAUAGAUCUGUUUGUGUUGCUGGACCUGAUCGGGGCCCCCAGUCCCCGCUUUGGAAACCAAUUCCCCAACACAGCCCCGUGGUUUACCAGGCUGCAGGACAUCGAGAAACGUCUACACUCCCUGAACCUGCUCGUGGAUCAUCCUAACAGUGUGCAGUAUUUCUGGCCCGAUCAUCGUCUGGGCCAUGUUCUUGAUGAUCACAUCCCUUUCCUGAACAGAGGAGUUCGAAUCCUCCACCUCAUCCCCAACCCCUUCCCAUCCGUCUGGCACACGUUUGAUGACAACGAACAGAACCUGGAUCGGUCUACCAUCCAGAACCUCAACAAGAUCCUGCAGGUUUUUGUGCUGGAGUACCUCAAUGCCAGACCAGUGGUUGCCUCAAACCCAGGAAAUGCCCCCUAAGCUCAGGAAAUGCCCCGGACACCCGUCGACUCAUCCGGCUGCUGUAAAGAUUUCCAGCUGAUUUUCAGUUUUUCUUAUGUGAGCGACAUGAAAUGUGUUUCCCAAUGGCUUCUUUAGUCGGGGUAAUGCAUGAUAGCUUCUUCCAUUCAAACUCCCAGAAACAAGAUCAGCACACAGGAGCUUCAGUGUAUCGUUCCCAACACUGCUCUCUUUAUAUUAGCUGUCAUUACGCUCCCAGGAGACAUCCCAGAGUCUCCUCACAUAGUGCCUAAAUGCCUAAGAUCUGGUCCAAUUGGCUUCGUUACAGAAAUGGAUCCCUCUGUAUUAUUAAUUUCUCUGGCAAACUUUACAAGCCGAAACCUGAUUAUUUUUUAAUUAUGUGUUGCCGUGUGAGCAACCUAACCCUCAAAGCACGUCAUGAUUAAUGAGUGGUUGCGAGAGCAAUGCAACAGGGCCACCCACACAGAUGAUACCAAACAUUUUGGGUGAGAGUAAAUGCCGUCCGUUUGUUAUACCUGCAGGUUGUGUGACAUUUUCCUGUCCGCUCUGAUCGUAUUCAGUGUGUAGUGUUAAAGAGAAAGUUCCGAGUGGCAGGACGGGAGGUUUAUUUUAACUAAAGCAGCAUAUCAAGCCCUUCAUAGAUCGUCUUUUUACAUAGAGGAGUAGAUAAUACCCUGUGUUGAUGAUGCCUCAUGUGCGUACUGUUGUUAAUGUAACAUUAUUAGCCUGGUUUUCACAUCAAUGUGAGAACAGUGUACACAGCUAAAAGUUCACUUCCUGUAUUCUGUGAGUGAAUAAAUGUUUAGCAAGAAAACAAAGGAUACGAAGGAGGUUUUUGGUCAUCUUUACAUCUGUUUUAAUGUGUCAGCAUUUCAGGAACAAGGGGAAUAGACGGCAGUCCCGUUCUAAUGCCUGUGAUUAAAGGUGCUUUGGACGUAGAUGAUAAUGACUCAUGUUGUUGUGAACUGAUUUAACUGUCACCUACAAAAAAAAAGCCAGUACACUCCCCCUCUACCUCCCUAUCACGUGCCUUUUCAUCAGGCCUUUCCCCGUUCGAGACCUCUGCCUCACCUCAACUGCGAUCUCAUGAUUCCCUCAAUCCUAUCAAGGGGCCCUCUCACGAAUUCCACACCACUUAAAUCCUCGUCACUUUAAACCGCUCCCACGAGGAGUGAAUGCUGAUUUGAUCCUGCUUUUCCGCAAGCAGAAAUGUUUGUGAUGCCUGGUUACUGUGUAUGCUCCCAAAACAGGAAUUAAAGUGAAGAUUAUUUCGGUA